UGAAAGCUAAAACAAAGCUGCGCUUUUCAACUUCCAUUCUGUGGUGUCGAUAUAAGCAAGAACAAUCAAUAUAGUAUGUUGGAUCGUAAUUCUGUUCCAUGAAAUAUUAAUAUAUAGUUCAUUGAUUUUUUUUAUUUUUUUUAAACCAGUCUAGUAAAAAGAAAGUGAAAGAGGAAAGCUUAGUAAUGGUAAAGUAAUAUAAUAUUUAAAGGACUUAGUAACUUAGUAACAGUAACUAAAGUAACUUUCAUUUAGAAGAGGUCUAUUUAUUUAGUAGUACUAGUGUAGUAGAAGUAGCCCACAUUAUUAACAGGAAAUGGUUAAGUUUUAAGUUACAAUAAAAUUAAGGACUUCUCUAUCACGCAAAGUAAUAAGUAAUGUGGUUCUUUCCGUUGCAAAUAAUAAAAAUAAUAAUAGUUGUUAUUAUCAAUAUUAUUAUCUAAUGAAAUGCCGUCACCAAAAAUAAAAAAAAGAUUUAAAAAAACAUUGGGAAAACCCAGUAUUGCCUCACAAUAAAAUUAGUAAUUCCCGAAACCCAUUUUCUCUUAAUAAGCUACGUGUGACGUAGUUGUUAUUUUCAACUCUCACAAAUUUACAUGGAUGUAAUUCUAUUUAUGAAUGACAUCAAUUGAUCCAUUGAUCAGGUGCCUUUGUUGCAUGAUCUCAAUGAGUUUAAUCCAUGGUUUCGUGAGAACAUGGCUUAAUUUGCUAGAUCAGGAAUUUAAGAUAUAUAUAUAUAUAUAUUUUUUUUUAAUAUACAUUUUAAAAAGUUUUAAGACUUUUUUUUUUUUCAUCAAAUUAUUAUGAAAUUUUUUAUAAGUAACCUACAGUAAAUAAAUGUUUAAGAGAAAUGGAUUGUUUUAUUUUAAAGUAGCAUUGCACAUUCAUUACAUAUAGGUCAUACAUUAGCUAUAUGGCGUCAUUUUGAAACCCUCGCCCCCCCCCUUCUCUCUCUCUCUCUCUCUCUCUCUCUCUCUCUCUCUCUCUCUCUCUCUCUCUCUCUCUCUCUCUCUCCCUCUCUCUCUCUCUCUCUCUCUCUCUCUCUCUUUGUCUCUCUCUCUCCAGCACUCUCUUCAGGUUGUUGUCUUCAAUUUACAUUUUUCUUCUGGAAAAGGCGUACAAUUUAUCAGAGGGUGAACAUAAAUAAUGGGACACUUCCUGGGAGGGCGUAAUUGUGACGAUUUGUGAUAAAUUAAAAUAGUUUCAUUACACACAAACACACACACACACACACACACACACACACACACACACACACACAUAUAUAUAUAUAUAAAUAAAUAUAUCAUUGCCAGGAUUAUCCAUCUUGUGAUUGAAAGCUAAAUGGUGUUUUAAAUUUUAAUGAACGAUUUUUAAUAAUUUAUCCACCAUCAUAGGAUCGCAGACCUACUCGCCUCUUGGCCUCGAAAACAACAGAACAUUGACUGGUACGUGGGUCCUGUGCAAAGAAUGUAGUACAAAAAAUAACAACAAAACACACACUUGCAUAAAACUAACGUUUCAGUUUUUGUUGGAGGGAUACUUCUCGUGCACAUCUGGCUGUUUGGUGGUGAUAUUCGGAUUUUGUGGGGGGGGGGGGGGGGGGGGGGGGUUGUCUAUUUCUCUGUGCACAAAAUUCUUGUGACCACACCAGCUGCUAUCGAUGUAGCCUACAUUUAAGAUGAAACUAGUUCAAUAAGUCUGGACUCAAGAGUCAACAAAUCUUCAGUCUCAUAUUGACCAAAGCCAGAGAGAACAGGUUCUGGUCAGUUAUGAAUUGGUUAUUUAUAAACUAACUUUUAAUAGUGUUUAACCUCUUUUUUUUUUUUUUUUUGGCCAUCAUUUCAAGUGGACACAGGAUUAAACUCAACACAAUAAUAUUUAACAAACACGACUGAUUUCUUAAAAGUUGAGUCACUCAGAAAAGUAUUUAUAUUAUUCAAUUCGCUAUUUCUUUAAGACAACGUUUCUAUCAUUUUUUUAUAAAUUAAUUUUUAAUAGUUUUUAACCUUUUUUUUUUUUUUUUUUUGGCCAUCAUUUCAAGUGGACACAGGAUUAAACUCAACACAAUAAUAUUUAACAAACACGACUGAUUUCUUAAAAGUUGAGUCACUCAGAAAAGUAUUUAUAUGAUUCAAUUCGCUAUUUCUUUAAGACAACGUUUCUAUCAAUAGGCCUAUAUUAUUUAUGUUUAGGUUUAAGGACAGUCUAACAUUAAGAUACCAGUAGCUAUUGAAUUUAAUUUGUCUAACUUUUAUAUUUUUUUAAAAACUUUCUUUUAACUGUACAUGAAUUUUAGUAUACACAUGACGUUAAAAAAUGGCAGUUUUUGAUGAUUCCUGAAUUAACUAUUAUAAUACCGACAACUGUAUAGCAUCUGAACAAUUUCAGAACUAGUAGAUGUUCGUCUGUCGACGCUAAUACCACACACAAAGAGCUAACAAAUACAAUGACAAAUCAGGAUAGAGAUGCUAAAGAAAUUGAGCUAUUCAGAAUAGAGCCGCAUCCACCUGAACGCUCCACUGAUCAUACAGGUAACCCAGUGUUGCUUAUUUAGAACAUUUACCCGUGUCAAUUAAAUGGCGAUGUCGAACGCUAUCAAUAUUUUAAAUAAAAAUAUUUAAAAAAAUAUUUAAAAAGCUAACUCAAAAUUUUUUUUAUGGUUGAGAACCAGUGUCGGAUUAAAACCCCAUGGGGAGCCUAUAGGCAGUCGACAAUUCACCCGCCCCCCCCCCCAACCUCUCCGUUUUUACCCUGUUCGUAAACUAACUCUUGAUGUCAUAUCAGUGACUUCUUAGUUUGAAUUUAAGUUUUUUUGAUCAAUGUGACAACACUGCACUUUUGAGUUCUAAUCAUCAGAGCUGUCACAAAAGACGACAGUCUUUGCUAUCCACCAUUUGAUGAUUACCUUCAGUGACACGUUUAGGUUUUCUGUUGGUUGUCCUCAUUUUUUUGUCCCUGUCCGUCCCUAAUUCUAUAGCUUGUUACACAAUGGAGACGCCCGAGACGCCCGAGAUGCCCGAGAUGCCCGAGACACCCGAGACGCCCGAGAUGCCCGAGAUGCCCAACAGUUGCUAUACAUUACAUUCAUUACGUCAUUUAAAGCAGUGGUUCCCAAACUUUUAAGUUUGGCGGACCGGUGAACAAGUUUCGACAAUAAAUAUUUAUGUUACGGGCACCGGCAGCGUUAGGCAUGCGGACCGUUGAAGGUCCACGGGCCACCAUUUGGGGACCACUGAUUUAAAGGACGUUCAAGAAAAAAUCAGGUCCCCAACCGAGCAGAAAAAAAAAAAAUCUCUUGUCAUGUGGCCCUGAAAUUCUCGGAGCCCCUAGGGACGUGCCUCAAUUGUGUUUUUCGUUAAUCCGUCACGGGUGAGAGUAAUGGCUAGAAGGCAAAAGAAAACAAUAUGUAAACACAACAUCAAUGACAAGUGCACAGUGGUGUAUCAUUGAUGUGCAUUAUAAUACUUGGUACGAUAAGAUCAUUUGUAUUUUAAAUAUAGAAGAAAACAAUUAUUCUAUUAACAAUAAUUGGAACUAACAUAAUGCAUUGUUGGGAUUUAAAGAAUAGUGUUACCUUAAUGGAUCGCUUCCAAGCAAUUCAAACACAUAAUUUUCGAGUUAGAAUUAAAUGGAUUUACCUUUUUUUGUGUGUGUUCAAUUGCAUUGAGAGUUUCAUUCUUAGAAAUGCGCUUUAACGUAACUAUAGCAUUCUUUUAUCAAUAGAGCGAUUUCCACUCUACGGUGCUUAAAAAAUUGAAAUAAUAAUAUUAAUUUUGUAAAUUGAAACUUUAUUGGUAUGCAAAAUUUCAGCUCUAUAUCUGAAUGGCUUUUAUGGGUAAACAUUUGCUCACUUUACCUCAGAGAAGGCCUACAGCUCGCUGGUCACGUUGUUUCGAAUGUUGCAGCGGGAAAACAAGUACCUCAAGAAGAAAACCACUUGCUGUCGCUGUGAGGGGAAAGAGGCAAGCCACAUGCUGUUGCCGUGUGGGCACUAUGGCGUGUGUGGCUCGUGUGUGGAGAGAAUCAUCCAAUGCCCUGUAUGUCGUCGUGACGUCACCGAGGGACUUCGUGUUCAGCUGUCACUAUAAAAAAAAAUUUUAAAAAUUUGUUGACUGUGAAAAUCUCCAACAUUUCACCAUGUAUUUUCCUGUGACCGGCAUUAAAAAAAUAAGUAGAAACAAUGUGGAGAAACAAUUGAUCAUUUUAAGGUACGCUUGACUUUUUUUUGUUUUAAAGUACCAUAUUCAAGUUAAUUGCUUGGUUGGGAAUGUGUUGGUUUUUUUUCAUCUUACUAGAAGCAAAUUCAUAAGAAGGAGGUCACUGUUCAGUAAUUACUUAUCCAUAAUGAUAGUUUUAAUGUGAACAUUACCGCACUGUGAUACUGAUAUUACCCACUGCGUUGGGUUGUUGUGCAGUUUUAUUGAUAUUUAUCGAGCCUUCAUUUCACUCUAGUAUUUUCAUUAUCAACUCCCUUGGGGGAAAUUUCUUUUCUUUUUUUUUUUUUUUUUUUUCCCUACCCACCCACACCCUCACCAUUUUUUUAAUCCGGAAAGAAAGCAUAAAUAAUAAAAUACUUUAAAAAUUUUUUGUUCAUUUUUAUUGAUAUUUAUCGAGCCUUCAUUUUAUUCUAUUAUUUUCAUUAUCUACUCCUUUGGGGAAAUUUCUUUUCUUUUUUUUUUUUUUUCCCCAACCCACCCACACACUCACCAUUUUUUGAAUCCGGAAAGAAAGCAUAAAUAAUAAAAUACUUUAAAAAUUCUAUGUGUCCAGACACCGUGAUUUGUAUUCAUAUAUUUUAACCAAAAAUAAAAAAAUUGUCGUCUUUUACAUGCCCCCCAUUCCUCAAUCUGUUUAAGCAAUUGCUUAAUCUCCAUCCAAAUGUUAUCAUUUAAUAGCUACACAAAAUAUGUCCAGUCCUUCCCUGUGGUAUAAUUGAUAUUCCAACGCUAUGAAAACCCAAACUUCCAUUUGAAUGGAGUUUAAAUAACGCUUGUACGAUUUUUGUUUUUCCUUUAAUUAAAGUUUUUUUGUUUUUUUUUCAAAUUGUUUUCUAAAUGGUUAAACAACAUUUUGACAAAAAAUUGAAAAUGCAUGCAAAGAAGACUUUUUAUGUAUACCCGUUUUAAAUACUCUUUAGUUAUAUCAAAAUUCAAAAUAGUAUUCAUUUAUUGUCAGUUAAGCUUGGGUGUAAUUAAAAAAAAAAAUUAAAUUAAAAAAAAAAAGUUUUCCUUUUAAAGUGAAUAAAGAAGGUUUAGAUAAACGUGUCUGACAAUAAUAGAGCUUUCAGUGUGUGACGUUCCCAAUGUAGAUGGACACAAAGAGAGGUUCUUCGGAGUGCGCUCUUUUGACGCAGUAGCGCCUAAAUUAUGGAACAAUUUUCCUCAGUCUUUGAGGAAAAUGAGAGGAAAAAAAAUCAUUUAAGAGACAUUUAAAGACAUUUUUCUUGAAAUAGAGUUUAUGUCAUCAGAGCACUUUGGGCAUGCUAGAAUAAGAUGAGACUGCCACUAUAGGAUCAUACAAGACUGGCACCACAAUAUCGGCCAUAUAAGCCAUCCAAGUAAGUGUAUGCUAUGCAGAAGCUGCAACGUAAUCAUAUCACGGGGACGGAAGGAUGCCAACAAUAUAUAUAACUCUAAAGACGUAUCAAUGUAUAUAUAUAUAUAUAUAUAUAUAUAUAUAUAUAUAUAUAUAUAUAUAUAUAUAUAUAUAUAUAUAUAUAUUUCUCUCCAUUGAAAAUGUACUCAUCCUUGAUAAUAAUAUAGGUAUUAGCCUUAAAUUAAAAUUAAAAGCUUUCUUACUUCAGUAAGUGAGAUGACAGACUUUUUUUUUACACUGAAAUUUGUACAAAACGUAUUCGGGACAGAUAUUUUUUUCGAAUGAGAGUUUGUUCGAAAUUGACCUUGUUAAACGGCGCUUUAUGCAUUUGUUAAAAAUGUUUUAACUCUAAGUUGUGAAAAAGAAAUGGCAGAAAUGAAAACAUUUGAAAACGAUUUAAAUUUAUUUUUGUUGGUCUCCUCCAUCCCCCAUUAUUUCAUUUCGAACCAGCUACUGUUGAAAAUUCUCUUUCGAACGAAUUCCGUUCGUAAACAUUUCCUGUAACCAAAGUUAAUACAUGUUUUUUGGAGAAAUAUAGCUUUUAUAAAACUGUGUCUGUUGCCUCCUUUAUAUUUAUGAUACCCUACCCCAGUGGUUCUCAACCUUCCUAAUCGUGCGACCCUGUACUACAGUUCCUCAUGUUCCCCGAACCAUACAAUUAUUGUCAUUGCUACUUCAUAAAUAUGUGUUUUGCGAAAGGCCUUAAGCGACCCUUGUGUAAGGGUCGUUCGACCCCAAAAUUGAUCACGAACCACAGGUUGAGAGCGGCUGCACUAAUCCUCAAUACAGGAUGUUUCAUCAGAUAACUGAAGAGUGCGCUCAGACUAUUUUAGUUGUUGUUAUACUGAAGAGUACCACUACAAUCACAUGUAAGUGGUGCUUAAAAAAAAUCAACGAGUGGCACUUUGAAGACACUUUGGUUAUGCAAUAAGCACUUAUAUAUUAUAUAUUCAGGGCCGUAACAACAGUUUUAUGCGCGCCUGGGGAAAAACCGGGGGGGGGGGGGGGAAUUUUUUAACUGACAGGUUUUGCAUUUCUUUUUUAAACGGGGUCAUUUAAAUUAUUUCUUUAAAAAAAGCCCGAGAAGGCUGCUUCAAAUCAAAGAAAUGGCUUCAGGGCAGAUCGGGUUUUUCCCCUUUCAGGUCCUAGGGCACUUCCCCGUUUACAAUCACUUGCUUCUGAAUUGCAUUAAUGUUUAUUUAAUCCCCUUGUAAGGAUGUAAAAAGAAAUGUUUAAGAGCGUCAUGAAUGGAAAAUGUUAUAAGGAGAUCUCUAAACCACUACCAGCCGACAUUGAUGUAACGUCAGGUGCUUGCGGACUUAGAAAGUUAAAUUUCGCAUUAUUUCAACACCCAUCUUGUAUCAUUGUUAUGUAAUUUUUUUCUUUAGACUCCCGCCCCUCUCUGGUUCUGCUGAAAUAUAAUUUUUUUUCCCCAGGCCUCAUCAACGCCAAUUGCAGUUUCGUAUCUCUUCAACAUCGGGGAUUCCAAGAAGGCAGCAUACAAGUUUUGAUUAUAUAGAAUAAGCUAUUGAGAACUAGCUGAAGAUCGGGAUAGAAAUGAAACAAGAAAACGGAAACAAUGCUAGGAAACUUUGCUACAUUUUCUAAUCAUUCCUUUUAACCUGCGUGUUUAAUAAAUAUUUGAUUAAUUAUAAAGAAAAAAAAAACUAGAGAAAUAAAUAUUUUCAAUUUUAAUUUUUCCAAUGUUAAAUUUUAAUCUUAAUCUUUAUAGUUGUUUAUGUGAUAGACCAUAUACUUUUAGCUUUAUCUAUUUUUGAUUCUUAUUCUGCCUUCUUGUAAAUGCUCUGGUGAUGAUGAAAAGACAUCAAGUUGCUCUUCGGGGACUUCCAUGAAAGAAAAUUAUAGCUUCCUGAUUAUUGAAUAGGCGAAUGCUUCAUAUUGUCUAAGAAUGUUAGACAAGUUCAACAUGUUUAACUCAAAGUCAUGGCCAGCGCCCAUAGCGCCGUCAACUAUCUAAGCACGGUACUCAAAAGAUGAAGAUUGAAAAGAUACAACUGAGAAGUAGGCUUCUACGUUUAUCUGUUAGAUGUGAAGGGUCUGGUUACGUCAAGCUGGUUAGUAUAUCUAGCUCUGGAACUCAUCGUUUAAAGCUAAUCCAAUCUCCAGUAACGUUGAGUUGUUG